UGAAACAAUGGGGUUGUCCAUACCCAAGGCCAAUCUUUGCGGGAUUGGUUUUUUUGUUUUAGGAUCGAGCGUAACUAGACUUUCUGUUGUGUUACCCAUCAUUCACCAAUCAAUCGGAGGGCUUUCCGGAUGUUCAUUGCCGGAUGAUGGGCACAGUAUUCGUAGAUGAGGGUCAUUCCUUGCUGUGUCAACGGUAGACGCACUAUAACUGUGGGUUACAAGCAGAACAAUACCAUAACAGAAGUUGGUUUCUACGGCCAUUCCUGGUUUCUGGUUCUUGUGCCCAUGGAAUACAAAUUGUGGUGUUUUAUGGGGGCUUUUAAAUUGGAUGAACUUGCAUUUAAAUUCGCUACUCAGUAGAGGUUCGCCAGAGUUUGUUUUUGCAAUAACAUCCCCCAUCAACAUUCAUUUAAAAAAACUGUUUGGCAUCCUCUCGGUAUUGUGAUAAAACUAGAACCAAAACCUGAUUUUUUCUGCGGCCUCCGCAUAAUAUAUGAAGACGGUGUCUCAACAACGUAAAACCUCUCUGCUCGUUACUACGGCGUUUGCCAAAUCCAAACUACUGCAAAGAUGGCCAUGACGAACAUGACAAUGCCUUGCAUGGCAGACGUGGGGGUCCAAUACAUCAUGCAAGGGUAUCUCAAGUCAACGAAAGACGCAUAUGCCACCGUCGCAAUGAUUACCGGUGCGGCGCUACCUCUAGUUGCUGGAAACAUUCUCGUUUCCAUCUGGCGGCUGUUGACCAACGUUCGAAAUUAUCGUGCAUAUACGCUCCUUAUCGGGUCUUUGGGGUUGGGGACUACAGGAGCGAUGAUCGUACAAGGCAUCUUCUUAUCGCGGACGAGAGUGUCUAUUAUUACAGGGUUUAUAGGUUGGGUAGUUGGUCUGGUGGCAUUGAAUAUAGCGGGCAUGAUGAGGUUUAUGAUCCCCUUGACCCUCGCAGUGCACAAAAAGAUCUACGUUAUUGUAACGCUUAUUAUUGUCACGAUAUUCGGCGUUGUCACCACCUACAUGGGGGUAGCAGAAGUGCUGGAAUGGACAUUCCCCGUGACAACUCCACAAUCUUUCACACAAAAGUUUGCUGCGAUUUCGUUGAUGUUGCCAGUCUUUUAUGCCUUCUCAGGAUUCAUCUGCUUCAGCCUUCAGCUUCGUCGCGCAUUUCUCAAUCUCGAGAAUAAAACAACCGGAUUUGAAAGAAUGCGGUCGCUGGAAUUUGCCAACUAUUUCUUGAUGGUCUUCCUACUCCUAACCCUCACGAUCUACUUUAUUUUUUUCAGAACAUUUAAAGACGACGCCAAACUCGACACUCCUACGGCGCUCUUUUUCACACAGAUCUUCUUGUCCUGUGAGAAUGUGUUUGAGAGUUUGACAACUCUGGUGCACAACACGACUACUGGUUCCAUGAUAUCCCGUUCAAGACAGUCAAGACACACUGGGAGCGCUUUAUCAGGAGAUCAUCUCAGGUCAGCACCAAGCGUGAGGCCUAGUCAUGCCAGGCCGCAGGAUCAGUCUCUGCUUGUACCCGCAUGAGAAUAGUCUGCGUCAAAGCUCAUUGUAUUCCCAAAUCAAUUUUGGGUGACAUAUUACUAGCGUAAUAUAGCAUGGAUCGUGGAAUUUUUCGUAUGCCUAAUGGACGGAAGAUUUGACACGAGUAUGUUAAUUCCCGGGACAUUCCUAGGAUGAGCCCAUUGGAAACAAUAUUCAUUAUGGCACAUUUGGUUGUUUGCACAGCGCGCAUGAAGCACCCUUGAUGCGUACACAGUGUGAAUAGACAGCAACCAUGUACGGAAAUUUGGUGAAUGUCAUGGCAGAAUCUUGAUGUGGACA